AUGACUGGACCGACCGAUUUUGUGACAGUGAGGUCGUUGUUGCCAGCAAUCCCUCUUCCUCCAAACCGGGAGCGGCCGGUAUUGGUAACAAAUCGCUUGCUCAUCCGGGUCCUGCAACCAACAGACCUGGAAGCAUUGCAUGUCUUACGAACACAGGAAGAAGUAAUGAAGUGGACCUCAACUGGUCACAUCGACCGAAAUAUCGAGGAAACAAGAAAAAACCUCAACCUAUUCCUACCGCCGAACGAUGCAACGACGGUCAACUGCGCCAUCUGCCUCAAGGAUACGGGCGAGCUCAUCGGGUUAGGUGGCUGUCACGUCUUUCCCGAGACACAGGGCUGGCCUGAGGUGGGAUAUAUGCUCCGGACGGAAUUUUGGGGCCGAGGUAUAGCCACGGAGUUCUUGAACUCCUGGCUGCCGUUUUGGGGAGAGUUGCCUAGGACAGAGCGAGAGGUGAGGGUUGAGAGAGCAAUGGUAGCCGGUGACGGUUCGGUGAAGGAACAUCUCAUUGCCAUCACAGAGGCUAGUAAUAUUCCAAGUCAAAAAGUGCUGUUGAAAUCAGGGUUCCAGCAAUUUCGAGAGUUUACCGAAGUGGAUUAUGCAGAUCCUAACAGGGAGGUGAAACUUCUGGCAUUCCGCUACUUCCCUUCAAAAUAG